GGCAGGGCUUACAAAAUGGAGAAGAAAAAAUAUUUAGUGACUUAUCAUUACUGGAGAAUCUUCAAAACAAUCAUCCAACUGCACCUGUAAUAUGUGAGUUUUUGACAAUGAUGGCAGUGUGUCAUACAGCAGUUCCAGAAAGAGAGGGUGAUAAAAUUAUAUAUCAAGCAGCAUCUCCAGAUGAAGGAGCAUUGGUCAGAGCAGCCAGGAAUCUUCGGUUUGUAUUCACUGGAAGGACACCUGACUCAGUGAUCAUAGAGUCUCUGGGUCAGGAAGAGAGGUAUGAACUGCUCAACGUCCUGGAAUUUACAAGCUCUAGGAAAAGAAUGUCAGUGAUAGUCCGCACACCAUCAGGAAAGUUAAGACUCUACUGCAAGGGAGCUGAUACUGUAAUUUAUGACCGCCUUGCUGAAAGUUCAAAAUACAAAGAAAUCACCUUAAAACAUCUAGAGCAGUUUGCUACAGAAGGCUUAAGAACUCUGUGUUUUGCUGUGGCUGAGAUUUCGGAAAGCGAUUAUCAAGAGUGGUUAAAUGUCUAUCACCGUGCUUCUACAGCUAUACAAAACAGAGCACUCAAACUUGAGGAGAGCUAUGAACUCAUUGAAAAAAACCUUCAGCUGCUUGGAGCAACAGCAAUUGAAGAUAAGCUACAAGACAAAGUGCCUGAAACCAUAGAAACACUCAUGAAAGCAGACAUAAAAAUUUGGAUACUUACUGGGGACAAACAGGAGACUGCCAUUAACAUCGGUCACUCCUGUAAACUUUUGCGAAAGAAUAUGGGAUUAAUCGUUAUAAAUGAAGGCUCUCUUGAUGGAACAAGAGAGACACUUAGCCAUCAUUGCAGUACUCUUGGUGAUGCUUUAAGGAAGGAAAAUGAUUUUGCUCUCAUCAUUGAUGGUAAAUCUUUGAAGUAUGCUUUGACAUUUGGAGUGAGACAAUAUUUCCUGGAUUUGGCUUUGUCAUGUAAAGCUGUUAUUUGUUGCAGGGUAUCACCACUUCAAAAAUCCGAAGUUGUAGAAAUGGUUAAAAAACAAGUUAAGGUAGUAACUCUAGCAAUUGGUGAUGGAGCAAAUGAUGUUAGUAUGAUACAGACAGCACAUGUUGGAGUUGGUAUUAGUGGGAAUGAAGGUCUACAGGCUGCUAAUUCUUCAGACUAUUCAAUUGCUCAAUUCAAGUAUUUGAAGAACUUGCUGUUGGUUCAUGGAGCCUGGAAUUAUAACAGAGUAGCUAAAUGCAUCUUGUAUUGCUUCUACAAGAAUAUAGUCCUUUAUAUUAUUGAGAUCUGGUUUGCUUUUGUCAAUGGCUUUUCUGGACAAAUUCUUUUUGAAAGAUGGUGUAUAGGUCUCUACAAUGUGAUGUUUACAGCAAUGCCUCCACUAACUCUUGGAAUAUUUGAGAGAUCCUGUCGAAAAGAAAACAUGCUGAAAUAUCCAGAAUUAUACAAGACUUCCCAGAAUGCACUGGACUUUAAUACUAAGGUUUUCUGGGUUCAUUGUUUAAAUGGCCUCUUCCACUCAUUCAUUCUGUUUUGGUUUCCACUAAAAGCCCUCCAGCAUGGUACCGUAUUUGGCAAUGGUAAAACUUCAGAUUACCUGCUCCUGGGGAAUACCGUAUACACUUUUGUGGUUCUAACUGUGUGUUUGAAGGCUGGAUUAGAGACGUCAUACUGGACUUUGUUCAGCCAUAUAGCUAUCUGGGGCAGCAUAGCACUUUGGGUAGUGUUUUUUGGAAUCUACUCUUCUUUGUGGCCAGUCAUUCCUAUGGCACCUGAUAUGUCAGGAGAGGCAGCUAUGAUGUUCAGCUCUGGAGUGUUUUGGAUGGGACUUCUAUGUAUUCCUAUGACAGCUUUACUUUUUGAUGUAGUAUACAAAGUAGUAAAGAGAGCUACUUUUAAGACACUCGUAGAUGAAGUUCAGGAGUUGGAAGCAAAGUCUGAGGAUCCUGGAGCAGUUGUUCAUGGCAAGAGCUUAACUGAAAGAGCCCAACUACUGAAGAAUGUUUUCAAGAAGAACCAUGUGAACUUGUACCGCUCUGACUCUCUGCAACAAAACUUGCUUCAUGGCUACGCCUUCUCUCAAGAUGAAAAUGGAAUAGUUUCCCAGUCUGAAGUAAUAAGAGCUUACGAUACCACAAAACAAAGGCCUGAGGAAUGGUGAAGAAGCACAGCUUGAGAUUUAGGCCUUAUUGGCUACUUUUGUGAGACAGACUACUAGAUCUUUGCUGGGAGCUGUGGCUGUGGCCCAGUUAUGAGAUUUAAAGAUCUGUGAUGGUCUUGUUCCAUAAAGUUUGGAUUUGUGUAUUCAGUAGACAUAAGCACUGUGCAACUAUACAGUAACACACCAUCUCUAAAUUUUUAAACGAGUAUUUGCUUAGCCUUUGUAAACAGAUCAGAAUCGACCUUGUAUCUUGCCAGCUUGCUUAUUUUACAAUGAAAUUGAAUCAAUACUGGUCAUGUACUUAGAAGGCAAUGGUCAGAUCGUUAAACAUACUUUACACUGACAGACCAUUAGCAUCUGUGAAGGUUUUUAAGUGUUAAUAUAUUUAAAUACAGUUGAUAACAAGCCUUUGAUUUCAACAAGUGCUGAAAAAAAUAGUAUUUUAAUGGUGUUAAUUCACCUUCUUUGAGGAAGAUUUUGAGUCAAGAUGUUUAUAG